UUUUUAUUUUGCAUACGUUUUUAGUUCGCUUCCUCCGAAUCACGCCGGCGAAGCGAGAUAAAAAUUGCAAAUAGCAACAAACAAGUUCAACAAACCUUAUUUUAAAAUGACAAAGUUGAGGGUAUUGGUUCUUGGAGGUUGCGGUUUUAUCGGCAGAAAUUUCGUUUCAUAUUUGGUAGAACACGAUUUAGCCAGCGCGAUAACCGUUGUGGAUAAAGUGCCUCCUCAAGUGGCUUGGUUAAACGACAUUCACUCCAAGUGCUUCGAACAUGAAAUUGUAAAGUUCAAGAGCGCAAACUUAAUCAAUCAAGAUUCAUGUAAAAAUGCCUUUAGUUUGCCAGACGGUUCAGCAUGGGAUCUAGCUGUGAAUUUUGCAAGUGAAACCAGACCUGGUCAGACAGAUCCUGUAUACAAAGAGGGUAUAUUAAAAUUAAGUUUGAACUGUGCAAAUGAAGCGGCUAGUCAGAAUGUUGGAAGGUAUAUUGAACUGUCCUCAGGUAAUAUGUAUUCUUCAGAAAAAGUGCCCCACAAAGAAGAUGGACCAUUAGAGCCAUGGACCUAUAUUGCCAAGUGGAAGAAGGAGGUGGAAGAACAAAUUUCAGACAUUCCAAACUUGAGGUACACUAUAAUUAGGGUGCCCCUGGUGUACGGCUUAGGAGAUAAAUCCAAUUUAACACCUCGCAUAAUGGCGGCUGCUAUUUACAAAGAACUGAAAAAAACAAUGAAGCUUUUAUGGAAUGCAGAUCUGAAGAUGAAUACUGUACAUGUUGAAGAUGUUUGUAGGGCUAUUUUGUUCGCAAAUGACAAACAGCAAACUAUGAGUCAGGUUUAUAAUGUGGUUGAUGAUGCCAAUUCCACACAAGGAUCAAUUUCAGAUAUUUUGAGUGAGAUAUUUGGUGUCAAGGUUGAAUAUUAUGGCAAUGUUGUCUCUUCCUGCGUUGAUUUAGAAGAGGCUGCCGACGAUGCUAAUGACAAACAUGUUGUGCCUUGGGCUGAAGCGUGUCGCAGAGACCGCAUCGAAAACACUCCUCUAUCUCCCCAUAUGGAUGGAACUGUGCUUCUCGGCAAGCAUUUAAAUGUGGAUGGAAACAAGUUGAAGAGUUUGGGCUUUAUGCUAAAUGUACCGAGACCCACCUCAAGCAAAUUGAAAGAAAUCAUUGAUGAUUAUGUAAGAAUGAAGGUGUUUCCCCAAUCCUUAGCCUGACAUAUGUUAGAUUAAACCAAUUUUCCAAAGUGUCCCUCGUACCUACUUAAUGGCCUAAAUCGACUAUCAACGCAGAAUCUAUGUAUAGUUGGGUACAUAGUAAUAUACAGAAUGGAUAAAAAUUUAUAUAUUACUUCUAGGACUGGAAUUCUUAGUUAUAAUUUCAAGUGCCAUAGAGCAGUUAAAUGUGGCUUAAAUCUUAAUUCCCCUCUGUAUUUUAUGAAAAUGAAUAUUUUAAAUAUUAAAGUACUAUUUUGAUAACGUCUCUUUCCAAUGUAUAUUAGAUAUUGAUAUUGCAAAAACAUUUAAAAAACAAAUGUUAUUGUUUUGAUUGAUUCUCGGGCCACAAUUUUAACAAUGAAAUUAUUUUAGUGUGUCAUAUAAAAUUACGAGUUGUGCAAAAAAAUAAUAUUUGAGUUACUUCUGCACUUCCAGAAUUCGUUGGUGGCCUUUUAAAUAAAACGAACCAUACCUUGGCUGUGCUUAUUGUAAAACAUUUUCUUUUAGACAUUGUGGCCUGAGGAUAUGUGAAAUGUGCUUUCAGCAUUAGCUUAUGUAGAUUUGACCCAGGGCAAAAAUUAAAACAAUAUAUAUUUAACUCUAUCCAAUAUGUAGUUCAAGAAUUAUUAAAUAUUAAGAUGUACUUAAGAAAUAAAGUAUGAGAUACAUUUGACAUUCCAAAAUGUGAUUUAAGUAUAGAAUGCUAACUCUAAGGGUAUACAUUGACAUUUUUUCGUCAAUCGGUCUUAAAAAAUUGCUCAAUUUUUGCUUUUUCAAAAACAGUGGCGAUGUUGUUAUGAAAUCCUGCUGUACGAAGUUAAUAAAGGAUAUUUGCUGUCUACAGAAAUUGUUUUUCAAUUGCGUCCUACCUAACUUUAGUCGAAAGUUUUAAAAAACGAGUUGUGGUGGUCUCUUGCUCAAAAUUCUAUUAUAACGGAUCUUGAAAAAAAAACCAAAUGAGAUAUAUAAUUUUUGAAAUGUAUCAAUCGUCAAAAAUUGUUACAGUAGUAGAUUAUAUUAAUAGCUCUGCGACGAGAUCUUUUUUCAAAAACUGUCGGGCCAAUCCCGACGUCAAGAAAUAGACUUGACCAAGAAAAGGCAAAAAGUCGAAUUCGCCCCGUUUAUUAUCCGCUUAUAAGUCUGGCUGCAUAAAAUAAAUAUUUUCGCAUUUUUUCCAAAAUUUAAAAGUUAAAAUAUUCACCACGCAACGGGUAAACGGAUAAGUAAAUUAUUACCUUAUGAGUAUUCCUUGUUUUUAAUUAUAUUUCUAACUUGGACCACAUCAUUACAGAAGUUCAAAUUUUGCUCUAUGCUCAUGUAUAAAUGGUGGAUGCCUUAAGCUCUAAAUUCUCUAAGUUAUGGUUAAAUCAAUCUGAAGCUGACAGCUUUUUCUAAAUUAGGCAGCGAAUAUGUAAGAGAAGAGAGAACGUGGUCUGCAAGUGUAAUUUAUUGUUUAGCCGAAAUCAAUUUUGUCAAACACGUCAUCCAUGUUACGUUGGUUGCCUA